GUUGAGUUCAUUGACGCGGUAAGUCCAUUCACAUAUUUGCGGAACUAGAACUGAGAGUAACUGAACAGGAAACCAAAGAGAAGAAAUGUUGUCAAGAUGUAAGUGGUCUCACAUGGAUUGACAAGCCUGCGCAGUUAGCCAAGUGCUGCACCAAGGAUCACGUAUGGACGUUUGAUUACGGAGGUGGUCCUGCGCGCGCCGCGCGGAGGGUGCUGCCCGGUUGGGUUUCGCAUGAACAAUGGGAUGUGCAUCCCAUACACUCCUGCCCCUCCUCAGCAGUGCCCGUGUGGGACACACUUGAUUGACGGCCAGUGUGUCCCAUUCCUGGGUGCCUCCCAUCAGACAUGUGGCAAUGGACGUAGCGGUGUCGAACCCUCUUGCACGUGCACGAAUUAUCCAGUCUGUGGGCACGGCAAACACCUAGGCAUCAAAUACGGUCAUUGCUACAUCCUUUCCUUCUCCGAUGGCGAACAACUCGGCCUCAGCCGGGACAAAACUGACUACAUCAAAAACGGCUUCUUCGUCGAUAUCCCCUUUAAGGUCUGCAAUUCGGCCGUUGAUUGCUCCCGUGGAAAGGAGGUUGAGAUGGGCGAGUCCUUCUCCCUCCAAGAUCAACAUGGAUUGUACAACGAUCCAUAUUCAACAAAGGGGUGGAUUAAUGACGCCUCUGGCGGCGCCCACAUGGAAUUCACCACUGAUGCCAACCAUGCCGGCAAAUUCACGGGUAUCCCGACUUGUGCUGCCGGUGAAUGCUCUCUUCAACUGCAUGGUGGUCCCGCUGGCGGUGCAUUGGCAUACGCUUUCCCGGUUCCCACGCCCGGAUUGACAUUCUACGGCAACCCUAAAGUUGGUCAGAGACUUCGCUUCUCUGAGGUGACAUGCGAUGACUAUGAGGUCCCUCUCACUUCUGGUAUCAACCUAUAUUGAGGCUGAAAGGGAAUGAAUCGGCCCAUCGGGACGUUCUGCAUGCCCCCGUCUUGAAUCUUGAUAACAAUCUUGCUCCGAUUUUCGCUAUGUUUACCUUGUAUGACUUGGACUUGUGUGGUUUCCGUUUGCUGCCCAAUUGGCUUCAGAUUUUUCUAGAUGUUCAAUCCGGCUCGAAUAUUUUUUGAGAUUGAUGUUUCACGUGCAAAUAGUAGCAA